AUGUCGGUAGAUAAGAUAAAGAACAACUUGGGAGUCUUUGGGUCGUCUGUUAAAGACACUCUCACGCAUCAUAAACAGUUCAAUAAUGAUGACGAAUUGAUUUCUCACUACAAGCAUGAUAUCAAAAAGGCCAUUUCUGCAUUGAAGUUCGUCGAUAAACAGACAAGGAAAAUUGGGUCGAGUCACUGGCCUCACUUGCUUAAAUCGAAUAUUAAAAUGGGGGAGUUGUUUAUUAAGCUAAUCGGGGCGGACUCAUUGCAAUUCGAUGGAAUUGAAGAGUAUUACAGUGAUUUUGAUAAAUGGCAGGCAGAACAAGAAAUACCUAUGAUACACCCGAAAGAAAGACAGCUUGUUAUACUGGGUGUAAACAAAGAGAUGGACCAUUACAUGAUGUCCAUGGAAAAGUUAAGAAUUAGAGUGACAAGCGAAUGGGAAUUCUAUUCCAAGUCAGUGCAUAUACGAGUCAAAGAAAUGGUGGGAUACUUGAACGACUUAUUGAAAUUGAUCAAAAAGAGGAACAGUAAGAAAUCUAAUUAUGAUAACAUUCAUAAAAAGAUCAAUAAGAUAAUGAAGAAGACCACGCCGUUAGAUGCAAAAGAACAGAAACAAUUAAACAAACUCGAUGAAGAAUUGAAGGAGUCUAGUAUUGUAUUUAACAAGUUGGAUGAAAAAUUGAAAUCAAUUUUGCCUCAUGCAUUAACGUUUUUGGACGAAUUUGUGGAAAACUUAACAAAAUUGACGUUAUGCAAGCAAUUGGAUGCAUAUGAAGAUAUAAAACACACACUAAUGAAUUAUGCAACGUUCCACGGGUUUUUAGAUACUGAAUCUGAAGAUAAUAUUCAAACGUAUGAAGCGAUAACUAAUCAAUGGGAAACCUUGAUUACUCCAACAAGAUUAAGAAUUGAAUCCUUUAUUUCAUUUAUACAUGAGAAGAAGCCUGAAUUAAUUGACACCGAAAUUGAUGAUAAGGAUAAAACCUCUAAAACUCAUAAAAUGUGGAACAAGGUAACUUCAAAAGUUACUAAUAAAACUCAUAACUUGAAGAGUACAGACCAUGUUAAUGGAAUAUUUAAUGACUAUUUAACUGCUGACCCCUUAGAUUCGUUCAAGAAAUUUCAAGAUCCAAUGAUGAAUAGAUCAGAAACCUAUCACCCCUCUAAGGUUAUUAACAUCGAUGAUGUUAUAGUUCCAAAUACCAAUGCAGGCAACGCAUCAGCACCACCACCAUUGCCACCCAGGUCAAAUACAACAACCAUAAAGGGUAAUCUAAAAGCUCCUGUCGCACCUGGAAAGCAACACUUAAAACGUAUUCCAUCGAAUGAUUCGAUGGAAUCGAUACAUUCGUCGUCAUCAGAAUCUGAUAGCGAUGAAAUGACUUCGGUUUCAUCUGCGGCUAGUGAUAUAAUGCUUGAAAAUUCUUCUCCAGAGAUAGUUAACAAAGAUUUGAAGAAAGUCUAUAAUUCAUCAAAAAAUAAAAUAAAAGAAUGUCCUAUCCCUAUAGUACCUCACGACUAUAAAGCUGAACAUGAAAAUUCAAUGUUUGCAGCUGACACAUCAUCAGUGACUUAUAAAUUGGAACAAUUAAAUAAAUUCUUUGACAAGAUAUUGAAUUAUACAGAUUCUACACAAAUUGAACGGAAAAUACUACAAGCCAAGUAUAAUUUUGCAGGUGUUGAACCAGGUGAUUUAUCAUUUAAUGGAAGCGACCAAGUGGAAAUUUUGUUUGAUUUUCAAGCUGUUGAUUCAUUAUAUAAUAGCAGUAAUGAAAACUGGUUGGUUGGGAUGAUAAAAUCGGAACAGAACUGCAGAAUCGGAUUUGUUCCAAGUAAUUAUUUUUAG